GUCGCGCGCCACGCUCCAGCUCUGCGCACACGAUUGACCAGCCAUGGCCACCCUCAGAGCUGCCUGCAGAGCGCCCUUGCGCCAUCUGACUCCCCGCUCGCCUGCCUCAAUUGCCUCGAGAGCGCCUCCCACAGUACUGCAGCGCCAAUGGCGGGGCUACGCGACCAGCAUGGAUGCCCAGCAAAAGAUCCUCUCCCAGGACCUUGAACAGGCCGAUCCUACCGUCUACGAAAUCAUCAGCAGGGAGAAGCACCGCCAGAAGCACUUUAUAAACCUCAUUCCCUCGGAGAACUUCACUUCGCAAGCCGUUCUCGAUGCUCUUGGCAGUGUCAUGCAGAAUAAAUACUCCGAAGGAUACCCAGGCGCGCGAUACUACGGAGGAAAUGAGCACAUUGAUGCGGCAGAGCGUCUGUGCCAGGAACGAGCGCUCAAGGCCUUUGGCCUCAACCCUGCAGAGUGGGGUGUCAACGUACAGGCCCUUUCGGGAUCUCCCGCAAACCUCUACGCUUACUCCGCCGUCCUCAAUGCCCACGACCGAAUCCUCAGUCUUGACCUGCCCCACGGCGGCCACUUGUCGCAUGGCUACCAAACCCCGACCAAGAAAAUCUCGGCUGUUUCCAAGUACUUUGAAACUCUCCCAUACCGACUCAAUGAAAAAACCGGCAUCAUCGACUACGACAAGAUGGAGGAACUGGCACACCUGUACAGGCCCAAGGUUAUUGUUGCAGGCACAUCAGCCUACAGCCGAUUGAUUGAGUAUGAGCGCAUGCGAAAGCUGGCAAACGACGUUGGCGCCUACCUGCUUUCUGAUAUGGCACACAUUUCCGGACUUGUUGCCGCCGGUGUCAUUCCCUCUCCAUUCCCUCACUCCGAUAUUGUCACCACCACAACCCACAAGUCUCUGCGUGGCCCGCGAGGUGCUAUGAUCUUCUACCGCAAGGGCGUAAGAAAGGUCGACAAGAAGGGCAAGGAGGAGAUGUACGAUCUCGAGGGCCCCAUCAACGCAUCCGUGUUCCCCGGCCACCAGGGAGGACCUCACAACCACACCAUCACUGCUCUAGCUGUAGCCCUGCAACAGGCCUCGACCCAGGAAUUUAAAGACUACCAGAAGCAGGUACUCGAAAACGCAAAGGCCCUUGCACAGCGUCUUGGCGACUCAAAAGAAAACGGCGGUCUCGGUUAUAACAUUGUUUCUGGUGGCACUGACAACCACCUUGUCCUUGUCGACCUCAAGGAUCGCGGCGUUGACGGCGCACGAGUCGAACGCAUCUUGGAACUUGUUGGUGUCGCCUCCAACAAGAACACUGUUCCCGGCGACAAAUCAGCAAUGAAGCCUGGCGGUCUGCGCCUCGGCACACCAGCCAUGACCACCCGUGGCUUCCAGGCCUCCGACUUCCAGCGUGUGGCUGACGUUGUGCACCGCGCCGUCGGCAUCACACAGAAGCUGGACAAGGAUGCCAAGAAGAAGGCCGAAGAGAAUGGACGCAAGAACCCUACUAGCGUCGCUGCCUUUAAGGAAUACGUUGGUGAAGGUGAAGACAUUACCGAGAUUAUCGAACUCAAAAAGGAGGUUGAGGAUUGGGUAUCUACAUUUGCGCUACCAUGGGACAAGGCUCAAUGACGAGCUACGAUAUGACGAAAAAUAUACGCCCUGCAACUGGUUCUUUUGGCGUUUUUGAGGUGAAGGCAAGGGCUUUUUGAUUGUAUGUAUGAGAGGCUUUCUUUUUCACGGACGGCCAGAACAAUGGUUCGUUUUCCGUCUUCACCAAGCCCGCCUUGUUCAAAUUCAACAUUUAUUGAGCGACGAUCUUUGUAUUGUCUGCU